CUAUCUGAUUACACAGUGUACAGGGCACUGAGGGCGGCACGCACUCUGCACACGGCUUGGAAAUUCUAAAAUGACGUUGAGUUCUCUGCGAGCGCUAUCGGUGUCGCCGCUUCCUCCACCUGGUUUGAGGAACUCUGCGCUCGGGAGGCGGGGGAUUAUAUUCGUGAAGAAAGAUGAACAGCCAAGUAUCCGAUUAAAGCAACAAAAAAUUGUUCCAAGCUUGUCACGUAGAGAUGCACUUUCACUCCUGCCUUCCACUCUUCUCACAAACUUCCUAGUAACUGAAACUGCUGAAGCGCGCGCUACUAGAUUAGAGAACAAGAGGAGAGCAAUAGAGAAGCUGGAGAAACUGCGAGAAAAGGCAGGAAAAGCAAAGGAGAAGGCAGAACUGGGCUCAAAUGAAAAUGAAAAAUCAGCACCAAGCCUUUCAAAUAGCUUCCCCGUGCCUACGAUUGAGGCCAAUCUCAAAACUGCAAUGUCCCAUCCUUCAUCUUAUAGUGAGGCAUCUCAGAUUUAGGUUUCAUUUGGGACGGGUUUUUUACUGUUUCUUAAAACAAUUUUUUAAUAUAAAAGCUUUAAUUUUUGUACUAAAAAGUUGCUUUAUUAAGAAGCAAUAAGAAAGCCAUCCCAAAUGAA